AUGGCUCUACGAUUUCACCUCCUUUCCACAAAACUUCUCCCACAGCCCACAAAUUCGCACACCCACCCCUUCCCUUCCGCCGCCGCCGCCGCCUAUUUCGUCAAAUUCAAAUCAUACCCACAUAAAAACCUCAAAAUCUCAUGCACCAACGAAGAAAUCAGUAACGACGAAAUGCUGGCAGUAGAACUCGACCUCGAAAUCAGUAAAUUGAACACCCACGUGUUACAAAGAGAAGAAGCCUUAAAGAAAAGCAGGGAGUUAUUGUUCGUGGAAUUGUGCAAUUUCAUUGGAUUGAACUCGGAGGAUGUGAAGAUGAAAUGGGAUAAAAUGAAUGAAGAGGAAAAAUCGGUUUUAGCUAAGGGUUUUGUUACAGAGUGGAGUGCCCAUUUUCAUCCACUGUCUGCCAAAUCUGUUAAAGAAAUGGUUGAUGAACAUUUGGUUGAAGAAAAGCCAUCUUCAAUGGAAAAGACAUCUUCGAUGGCGGCUUCCAACAAACCCUUCCCUAAUUUCGGAAAAUUGAUGGGUUUUUCCCAAAAUUAG